CCGCUCCCCGGGGUGAUCUACACUCCCGGCCCUACCGGACCCCGACCGGUAAGGAGUGGGAGGACGCAGAGAAGGGGCGAAAGACACGAAAGAGAGAGAGCAGAUUGCAGAGAAGGAUAAAAUGUCGGCUUCUCUCCGCGCCCAUAUUGGGCGGGAGGGGGCGGGGGCCGCCGCCAGCUUCCGAGUGAAAUAGGACCUGCGGGUCUACUGAGCAUGCCCGUCCCGCGGCCGCCGAGGGUCGCUCCAGUUCCGCGUUCCGGGCUUUCCGGGCGGCCGGCGGGAAGAACAGGGUGGGGGUGCUCCCUGCCUGGGACUCGGAAUUGAGAGGCUGAAGUUAAUCACCUCACCUGCCACCUUGCUAUUUGGGCACUUUGAAAUUGAAGGGCAUAGCAGAGAUGCCCAUUGCAUGGAUAAUUUUGACAUGGACAAAGUCUCUGUUCCUGGAAGUCUGGCAAUGACUGAGUGGGAUCUCUUUUAGCACCUUCAGGAGAAAAGCAACAGCAGCCAAAGACUCUCAACGACCUCAAAAACAGAAAGACAAUCUUGGCCUUGUUAUCCCUGUUUUAUAAAGAAAUUGAAGAAUUGCUAAAAGUCUCAGUCAGGGUCUCAGAGCUGCUAGGAGAAAACCAGAACCUAGGUGUUCUCAUCUGUCUAGUCCCCUUUACACCACCACACCAGCACUCAGCAUCAAAGUAGGAAGCUUUUUGCACUCCACCACCUCUAGCCGCUGAGAAGACGUCAUCGCUUCCGCCCUACUUCCUCCUCCUGUUGGCGGCCGUGAGAAUCCAAUAUGGAGUAAAUCGGUGGAGUAGAGAGAUGGGGCUCGGACGGGGCGCCCUGCACCGCCUCCCAGGCGCACCUCCCCCGGCCGCCGACCGCUCCCGGGAACCCUGAUUGGCCCGGCCCCCCGGGGGGCGACCUGGGACCGAGCCCCGAAGCGCGGCCGGCGCUCUCCUCCUCCGCCUCCUCUCUGUCCCCGCCGCUCCACGGCGCGCUUGUUUUUCUCCUCUGUCCCUCACCGCCGUCUCCGGCCCAAAUCUCUCCCUCUCCGCCCGCUCCUGAGCCCCCGGAGCUCCUACCCGCCUAGUCCCUCGGCGCUGCGGCGCUCACUCCCCCGCAGUGUGCCUUUGCACCCCUUCCCCCAAACCUCACCCUGCGCUCCGGUCGCCCUCCUUCCCCUUCAGCCUUCUGCGGCGCCCCCUUUAUCUGUAGCUGCCGCCCCCCCAUCCCAGCCAAAUGAGGCGAUCUCCGGAGAUGUGAAGAAGUGGGGUGAGCGGACAGGAAGAUGAAGGGAGCAAAGCUGCCCGCCGCGGGACAGGCGUCUAGGUGAACAGGAAAAUGACCGAAGAAACACACCCAGACGAUGACAGCUAUAUUGUGCGUGUCAAGGCUGUGGUUAUGACCAGAGAUGACUCCAGCGGGGGAUGGUUCCCACAGGAAGGAGGCGGGAUCAGUCGUGUGGGGGUCUGUAAGGUCAUGCACCCCGAAGGCAAUGGACGAAGCGGCUUUCUCAUCCAUGGUGAACGACAGAAAGACAAACUGGUGGUAUUGGAAUGCUAUGUAAGGAAGGACUUGGUCUACACUAAAGCCAACCCAAUCUUUCAUCAUUGGAAGGUCGACAAUAGGAAGUUUGGACUUACUUUCCAAAGCCCUGCUGAUGCUCGUGCCUUUGACAGGGGAGUGAGGAAAGCAAUUGAAGACCUUAUAGAAGGUUCAACAACAUCAUCUUCUACCAUACAUAAUGAAGCUGAACUUGGUGACGAUGACGUUUUUACAACAGCUACAGACAGUUCUUCUAAUUCCUCUCAGAAGAGGGAACAGCCUACGCGGACAAUCUCCUCUCCCACAUCCUGUGAGCACCGGAGGGUUUAUACGCUGGGCCACCUCCAUGACCCAUAUCCCACGGACCACUAUCACCUUGAACAGGCGAUGCCAAGGGCCUACCACCAGGUGAGCUUCCCGGACGACGACGAGGAGAUUGUGCGCAUCAACCCCAGGGAGAAGAUCUGGAUGACCGGCUACGAGGACUACCGGCACGCGCCGGUGAGGGGCAAAUUCGCGGACACCUCGGAGGAUGCGGACUCCUACGUGCGCUUCGCCAAGGGCGAGGUUCCCAAGCACGACUACAAUUAUCCCUAUGUGGACUCCUCGGACUUUGGCCUCGGUGAGGACCCCAAAGGGCGCGGGGGCAGCGUGAUUAAGAUGCAGCCCUCGCGGGGCAAGUCCCGGCGGCGGAAGGAGGACGGGGAGCGCUCCCGGUGCGAGUACUGCAGGGACAUGUUCAACCACGAGGAGAACCGGAGGGGCCACUGCCAGGACGCGCCCGACUCCGUGAGAACUUGCAUCCGCCGGGUGAGCUGUAUGUGGUGUGCGGACAGCAUGCUCUAUCACUGUAUGUCGGACCCCGAGGGAGACUAUACAGACCCGUGCUCGUGCGACACUAGCGACGAGAAGUUUUGCCUCCGGUGGAUGGCUCUUAUUGCCUUGUCUUUCUUGGCCCCCUGUAUGUGCUGUUACCUGCCCCUUCGGGCCUGCUACCACUGCGGCGUGAUGUGCGGGUGCUGCGGCGGGAAGCACAAAGCGGCCGUGUGACUCCGUUUCCCUCCCCUUCCUCCUUCCACAGCCACAGGGGAACUUGUCUCCUACACGCGCUCAUCUUCUCCCCUGCCCCCCGAGUCCCUGAAGGCGCCCUUCCAGCCUGGGGACCUGCCUGUGGACUCCGCACCCACCAACCCCCACUCUUCAUUAGCCACACCCACACCCACACCCACACACAUGCACGCUCCUGGACACAGUGUUCUAAGGGAAGGAACCUCUGCAGAGACUCGUGUAUUACUAGCAGUCUGUAAUCAAGCUAACUGUCUUAUACAUGUGGUGAUUUCAUCUCCUUCCUACUCACCUCUUCCAGUUAAGAGGCGCCUGCAGUCGGAACUACUGAUUUGGAGUGGGUUUUGUAGUUGGUUUUUCCAAGAGCAUCCAGGACUAUGUUUCUGUUGGUUCAGCUUGCCUGAGGACCGUCGGGUUCCUGCGGAAGUGUGAUGUCAGAAUGAUGAAAACCCUACCAAGAAGUAUUUUAACCCGCAGUUAUUAUAUAUAGGAGGUGAGCUAGUUAAACUUCUACCACAAAACAAGAUCACUUUCACUUUUCUAAAGCCAAAUUUACCAUUUAAGCUGCAGUUUCUAUCUUAAACCCAUCGUCAUUUUUGGUCCCCCCCAGAUUCUGUCACUUACUCCCUGAUGCAAAACAUUCACCUGUAAAAUGAUUUGAGAAUUGAGCCUUAACUUCAGAUUAACUUGCGAGAAUCAGGAAAAUUCCUUAAACUGCAUCGCAUCAUCUUGGACCAGGGCUAGAAAGGGGACUUCAGGUUUCUCUGAGCCUCCCCAAAUACCCCUAAAGUAGAACUUUUUUAAAUUGUGUCAUCACCACUCUAAAAAUUUAGCAAUAUUAGAAGAAAAUGCUAAUGAAGAAAUUUUCCUCUUUGUUUUGCAAACGAAAUAGUCUAUUCAGACACAAACCAGUGUUCUCUGAACAAGUUCCAGUUGAGAAACGCUAUUGUGCUAAAUACAACUAACUAUAGGAGCUACCCCACCUCCACUGGCUAUUUUCUGUUAACUGGGGUAAAUUUUAAAUGUCAUAAAUUUGAAGAGUGGUGGGUUGCACUUUGCUCAUGGGUUUGUGUUUUUGUUUCUGUCUUGGACUCAAUGUCACAUCACCAAAUUCUUCAUUUAUACUUGGGAAAAAAACAAGGCCAUAUGUAAAAACCCUUCCAAUGCCUAAGUGUCUUUCUCCUGCAACGCCAAACCCAGACUUGCCAAUGUGGGUGCACAGAUGGUCAGGCCAGCAGACUGGGUCUGCCUGUCGCCUUGCCACAUGGGAGGCUUCUAAUUAGCAGGAAAAGAGUAUUUUUCUAAUACUUUGCAAGGAAUAGCCAAAUAGUCUUAUUGCAGAAAGAGGAAAUGUUACCUGUACCUAGCAUUGUACAGUCAGAACAUCAUGGAGACUAUGGGGGACAGGCUUGUCAGCGCUGGCUUCCCUCAGUGAUCUUCUUGCGGUAAUUGCCAGCUGGCAUGAUCUGCCCCCUGUCUCCCCACCUUCCCCCAUCCCUUCUCUGGUGCACACAGGACAUCAGUCUUCAAGGAAAAGGACUUUUUUCCUGUCUGCCAGUCGUAUUAGGAAAGUGCUAGCCAUGCUUACCUUCAUGGAAUGUUUCCAUCUUGUCUGAGAGUCCAUUGCAUUUCUUUAGUUAGGUCAUUGGUGUAAAUACCCAGUGUACUUCUGAGUUAGUUGGUAGAUGUUUUCCUUUGUUGAAGUGACUGGUUUGGGCCUUCCAGUUUGGAAAAGGAGCUGAGAGCUGUCAGUCUGGUGAUGGAAGAAAAGAGAACAGUUUCCUUGCCUGGAGAACAUCUAGAAGCCUUCAGCCAGCCUCCACAGGUUGUCGAGAUCAUCUCCCCCUCCCCCACCCUGCCUGAGGCACCUCUUCAGGGUCUUUCUCAAGGUCUCCUCUCUACAAAGCACAACACUAAUGUACGUUUUGUUAGACCUCAGUUCAAUUGCCCCUAUUUAUUUGAGGAAGAAUACACACAUCCCACUGCUUUGUGUCUCUAGUCAUUAUUUGUUCCUAUCUUCCCUUACCCCUUGUAAGGUCCUUCUCCAUCCCUUCAAACAGUUAACGCUAGUGACUCUUACUCCGCAUAUACUUUUUGGUUUGUGAAGGCAGCGGUUAAAGGCACAAGGACAGCCAUGGGGACAUUUAUGUAAAUACAUCUCUAAUUGCCACACUGCAGCUGAACAGUGUGCAGUAUUUUCCCAGUCAGCUUUGCCAUACUGACGUCAAUCAUUUGAGAGAAAUUAUUCAGAUUUUAUUUUUGUAUCUGUGGUAACAAAACAUUAACCAAAAAAUUUUCUGUUUGGAAGCUUCCCUCCAACCUGUGCUCCCCCCAACCCCGCCCCAAGCUAUUUGCUCACAUUAACAAAUUAAAGUGCCUGAAGCAUAAUUCAUUCUUUAUCUGUAUACUAAAAACCCUGUUGUAUUGAUUUUUUAUAAUAAGCCUUUUUACCUCUGUGUAAAAAAUAUAUAUACAAGUGUAUGAUGUACAUUUUAGUUAACUUUUUUUUAUGGUUUCUAAUAUGUAUGACCAAUGUAGCCAUUGCUUUAAAAUGUACCAUGUAAAUAUAAACACAUCCUAUCAGAUCACUGACUUCAGGGCGUUUGUCUG